AUGUAUCUAUUAAAUAAAUGUCGAAAUUUAUUUCAGGUUUCUACCAGCGUAUUAACAAUUUUAACUGGAACAGUUAUAAUCCAAUUUGAAGAGGUUCCGUCCAGUCCAUAUGCUAUUCCUGAAAAAACAAUACACGGAGCACUGUUUUUCACUGGUUUCACAUUUGGAAUUACUAUUUUAACUUAUGUCACACAUUGUGGCGAAAUAUCAAUUAAAUAUCUGCGCGGAUCAAUUUGUAGCUUCAUACAAUUCGCUAUUGAUUUAGGAUUGUUAAUUGGAAUUUCAAUCAUUGUUAUUAUUAACAACGAUUAUGUAAAUUUAUCAAGAAACAUAUACUUAAUAAUUGGAGCGUCCACAAUUAUUAUAGGUUUUUACGCAUUAAUUACUGCUUACCUAUUAGUUUGUGAAUCACCAUUGGUCUUGUUGGAAAACUAUCAUGAAAAAAAAGCAACUGAUGCUCUUCUCAAACUAAGGAAAGAAACAGAUCCGACAAAUCCGGAAAUUGAAAGUGAAAUGGCAGAUAUGAGAACAAUUUUGGAAAACAAAUCGAAUUCAAUUUUAAAAUGUAGAGAUAUGAAACCAGCAUUUAAAAUUUUGUUAUGUCGAUAUUCAUAUUCAUUAGCAACAUCCGUUACAAUAACAUCAAUAAUUUUGUUAUUUUUAGAUUAUAAUCUUGAAUAUAAAAUAAUAUUAAUGUUUUUUGGAAAAUUUAUAGCUAAUUUUUUACCAAUAUAUGCAAUUGAUUUAAAAGGACGGAAAACUAUUCUAAAAAUAUCAAUAACUGGCAGCGCAUUGUUUUUAAUCAUGAGCAUCCUAAUACAAAUAUUUGCAGAAAACUACUAUUAUAACAGCAUUUAUAUGUACUCAAUUAUGGUACCUUUCUUCAUAUAUAACAUAUUUCUCGGUUGCGGUUCCAGUUCUGUUGGUUAUACUUAUAUGUCAGAAUAUUGGAAUUAUUACAGAAAGAAUCAUGUUAAUACUUUAAUUAUAAUAUUAGAAUAUAUACCCCUAAUUUUGUUAAAUAUUUUUGUAAAUUUGGGAUUUGGAAUAACCUUGUUAUCUUUUGUAAUAAUAAUUGGCAUCGGUCCUCUACAAUGUAUUAUUGGAGGAAUAGCAAUGCUUUUAUUACCAGAUACCAAGGGGAAAACUUUACUAGAAAUUCAAAAUCUUCCACAAAGAUAA